CCCGUUUCAAUAGUCGUGAGUGCUGGACGUCUGUGAUCGUUCGCCGGUGUGUUGUGUGAAGUGCUUCAUCGAGGUCCAGCACAUCCUCAGCUGGAGUCAUCGUCUUCGAUUCGUUUUGCUAUAUUUGGCCAAACAAUUUGCUCGCACAGGUUCCUUUCGCGCUUUUGUUGCUGUUCUUCCCCAAAAUGAAGCGAUCCGCAUCAGGGUCUGCCAGUGGCGGUGGCGACCCGCAACCAUCAUCCAAGUCUGCGCGGCCUCGCGGUGCUACAGAAGUCAGGUCAUUGUGGUGCGCUGGCUGCUGGGCACACCCGGCUGACGGCUGCACCGGAGAAGAUCACCGCGUGAUCCCAGUCAGCGAGGCUCAGCUGGAAGCUACAACGGCCCUGGACGACACUCAUCGGGCGUUCAAGGAGGCGUUGAAACUACACCAGACACGCCUGGACACCGUUUUGGAGGCCACCGAUUCAAUGAAAUUGAUGGCUCUAGUCGACUCUUAUCUGGAUGAUGACAAUUUGUGCGACUUAGACGGGGGUUGGGUGACCAUCAGGCUAGCGCCUAUUGCCGGUGGCCUCACUGAGGAGGAGAAAGAGUCGGUCACUGAAGCCAUGACAGGUGGGGAGUUGGAGUGCGAAUGGUUUAAUCGUGGCCCGGAGGACGGAGCAGUGGCCGCGCAGGGUAGUUUCGACACAUCGUGCAUGUCAGGAGUGCUGCAGAAGCUUCCCCGAUGCGUGGAAGGGCAGACGCUCCAUGCCGGCUCCAUCGUGUGUUUUUCCGAAGCAAGUUACGAAAACUUCUGUGUGUAUGACAAGGCUGUGAUAAUGAGCGAAGACCACGUGCGCCGUGGACCCCGUUUAUUCGGUCUGGUAACAGAUGGAGGCGACGCCUUUCGUGCCACUGCCCGGUUAGACUCAGACGAUAGUCAUUAUAACGGCAUUCACAGCACCUAUGGGAGUCCGGUGCAUAGUGAAUUUAAACAAGUGAAAUUUGUUGACCUCUGACGCCGUGGCUUGAACUGUUAGCAAAGUAAGAAAUGACAGUGCUCAUUGUUUUAAAAACCAUGUUAACAACAUUAUUUCUUCUUCAACCCUUCAUUAUUUGAAAGCCAACGCUGUUUUCGUUAUUUUUAAAUUGCACUCCUACCUAAUACCUAUUUUUUCUUCAAAUAUGUAGUCUGCUCAUUGCAAUAAAACAAUUCUAUCCCUCGAA